AUGGAUGAGAAUUCAGGCUAUGAACCACUUAUUUUGAAAGAGGAGGGUGCCAACAAUAAAACUUUGUGGGUUUCAUUAGCAAAAUGGAUUCUCAGAGUGGUACUGUGGGCAAUUUUCAUUGCCUGGGCUGCUUUUAUCUUCCUGUAUCCAUCUGAUUACGGUACUGAUUUGUACAGGAAGUGGAGUCGAGCUACCAGUGGAACUCUAUUCGGCGAAACAGGAAGCAUUUUUCUGCUUUUCAGUGGCCCUAUCCUCCUCAUUGCAUUUUUGGCCACUGUUUAUCUCAUCAUCUCAGGGAAAGAGGAGAUUCACGAGACAAAAACUUCAAGAUAUCCACGUUUCCGCUUGUGGACAUUCCCUGUUCUCGUUGAUGGACCAUUUGGUGUUGUUUCAGCCGCAGAGUUAAUUGGAAUCAUACUCUUAACUGCAUACGUCAUCUGGGCAGUUUCUGUUUUAUCCAUCAAGAACCGGAAUAUUGUAUAUUCCUUGUUUCAUCAUCUGCCUUCUAAAGAACAAAGUGUUUUGAUGCUGGAGCUCACAGGACUCAGGUUGGGAUUGAUUGGAUUAUUUUGCUUGACCUUUUUGUUUCUGCCUGUUGCAAGAGGAUCAGUUCUUCUCCGGCUCAUAGAUAUCCCUUUUGAGCACGCAACCAGAUAUCAUGUCUGGUUAGGACAUCUAACAAUGUUGCUGUUUACUCUUCAUGGUCUGUUCUAUGUGAUUGGAUGGACAAUAGAGGGACGUCUCAAGCAAGAGCUAAGGGACUGGAAAAAUGUUGGAAUUGCCAAUUUUCCUGGAGUCAUUAGCCUUUUAGCUGGUCUACUGAUGUGGAUAACAUCACUUCCUGGAUUAAGGAGGAUCAACUUUGAGUUGUUCUUCUACACCCACCAAUUAUAUGUAGUUUUUGUCGUCUUCUUGGCCUUGCACGUUGGUGAUUUCAUUUUCUGUUUUGCUGCUGGGGGAAUAUUUCUCUUCAUGCUUGAUCGUUUUCUUCGAUUCUGUCAGUCAAGAAAGACAGUUAAUGUACUUUCGGCAAGAUGCUUUCCAUGUGGAACUGUGGAGUUGAGUCUUUCAAAACCAGAGAAUUUGAACUACAAUGCUCUUGGUUGGAUUUUUCUUCAAGUUCGUGAAUUAUCUUGGCUUCAGUGGCAUCCCUUUAGUGUCUCCUCUAGUCCUCUUGAUGGUAAACAUCAUCUUGCUAUCCUCAUAAAGGUUCUUGGAGGCUGGACAGCAAAACUGGAGAAACUCAUCUCGAGUAUUUCGGAGGAACAGCUUGAAACAAAGCCAUUCCUGCAGCCCCACUCCAAAAUAACAGCUUCCAUAGAGGGGCCUUAUGGUCACGAAUCGGCAUACCACUUGACGUACGAACACCUGAUUUUAGUUGCAGGCGGCAUAGGAAUUUCACCUUUCCUUGCUAUCCUGAGUGAUGUUCUUCACCGUAUUAAUGAUAGCAAGCCUUGUCUGCCAAGAAAUGUGUUGAUAGUAUGGGCCAUUAAAACAUCGAAAGAGCUUCCACUUCUUCAGACAGUCGAUAUGAAGUCUAUCUGUCCAUUUUUUCCUGAUGCGUUGAACCUUGAGAUUCAAACCUACGUUACUCGACAAACAGAACCCUCAUUGGAAGAGGGUCAUGUUAUGGAACCUGUUAAUUCUUCCAACUUCCCUGUCUCCAAGAAAUGUGGAAUGUCUGUGUUGGUUGGUACUGGACACAUUUUAUGGUCGGGGUUAUACGUUAUAGUGUCUACACUAGGUUUGGUGAUUACUGUCUAUUUGUUAGAUAUCUUGUACAUAAAUCCUUACAACAUAUACUACUGGUGGUAUAAGGGCCUUUUAUUCAUAGCAUGCAUGACCAUUAGCGUUGUCCUUUUUGGGGGUCUUGUAAUUGGUUUAUGGCAUAUGUGGGAAAGAAAAACUUCAUACAAAGAGGAAUGUGAGAACUCCACAAAUACUAGCAGCAUUGUGCAUCCCCAAGAGGCACAGAUACAUAAGAAAACUGGGCAGGAACAGUAUCUCAACAUUAUUCGGUAUGGACAAAGACCCGACUUCAGUGAAAUUUUCGGGACGAUGGCAGAGCGUUGGGAAAAUUUCGACAUUGGUGUAAUUGUUUGUGGCCCUCCAACACUUCAGACUAGUGUUGCUAAAGAGUGCAGGAAACAGAAUCUCAAUAGAAUUAACAAUAAAUCUCAAAACCAUAGCAACAUAACGAUCUUCAUAUUGCAUUUUGAACCUUCUGAUGGGGUAGACAUUUCUCGUGAGGUAGUAGAAUCUGAUCACGAACAUUCUGAUUCUUGGCGGGUGCACAUAGCUGGUGAGGUAGUAGAAACUGGCCACUAA